GGACAGCGGGACCCGGAAGUAGUUGCGGAAUUCGGCCGAGACGCCGCGGUCUGAGGUGUAUUUUUCACCCGUUUUCUGCACUAGCUGACCCUGCCGUCGCCAUGGGGAAGCGACAGCACCAGAAGGACAAGAUGUACAUCACCUGUGCUGAAUACACUCACUUCUAUGGUGGCAAGAAACCAGAUGUCCCACAAACAAAUUUUCGUCGUCUGCCUUUCGACCACUGCAGUCUCUCUCUGCAGCCCUUCGCCUACCCGGUGUGCACCCCCGAAGGCGUCGUCUUUGACUUGCUGAACAUCGUUCCUUGGCUUAAGAAGUACGGGACCAACCCCAGCAACGGAGAGAAAUUGGAUGGGAGGUCCCUGAUCAAGUUGAACUUUGCGAAGAACAAUGAAGGGAAGUACCAUUGCCCGGUGCUCUUCACCGUAUUCACCAACAGCAGCCACAUCGUGGCCAUCAGGACCACCGGCAACGUCUACGCCCACGAGGCGGUGGAGCAGCUGAACAUCAAGGCCAAGAACUUCCGAGACCUGCUGACCGACGAGCCCUUCUGCCGACAGGACAUCAUCACCCUGCAGGAUCCCACCAACUUGGACAAGUUCAACGUCUCCAACUUCUUCCACGUUAAGAAUAACAUGAAGAUAAUCGACCCAGAUGAAGAGAAGGCCAAGCAGGACCCGUCGUACUAUUUGAAAAACACGAACACGGAGACGCGAGAGACGCUGCAGGAGCUCUACAAGGAGUUCAAAGGGGACGAGGUGCUGGCGGCCACCAUGAGGGUCCCCGAGAAGGCGAAGGUGGACAAGCUGAACGCCGCCCACUACUCCACUGGGAGGGUCAGCGCCUCCUUCACGUCCACUGCCAUGGUUCCCGAGACCACGCAUGAAGCAGCGGCCAUCGACGAGGACGAGCUGCGCUACCGGUUCGUGAAGAAGAAGGGCUACGUGCGUCUGCACACCAGCCUGGGCGACCUCAACCUGGAGCUGCACUGCGACCUGACCCCAAAAACCUGCGAGAACUUCAUCAAGCUUUGCAAGAAGCAGUAUUACAACGGCACCGUUUUCCACCGGUCCAUCCGCAACUUUGUGAUCCAGGGAGGCGACCCGACGGGCACCGGUACAGGUGGGGAGUCGUGCUGGGGGAAGCCCUUCAGAGAUGAGUUCCGGCCCAACCUCUCGCACACGGGCCGCGGCGUGCUCAGCAUGGCCAACUCGGGGCCCAACACCAACAAGUCUCAGUUCUUCAUCACUUUCCGCUCCUGCGCUUACUUGGACAAGAAGCACACCAUCUUUGGGCGGGUUGUUGGGGGCUUUGACACGCUGACGGCCAUGGAGAACGUGGAGAGUGACCCCAAAACUGACCGCCCUAAGGAGGAGAUCCGCAUUGACUCCACCGUCGUGUUCGUGGACCCCUAUGAAGAGGCCGACGCUCAGAUCGCCGAGGAGCGCAGGAAGACACAGCUGGAGGCGGCUGCCCCCGAGAGCACGGCCAAGAGCAGCCAGCCCCCCCAGGGGAGCCAGGGCCCCCAGGCGUACCGCCAGGGCGUGGGCAAGUACAUCAGCCCGGCAGUCACGAAGCGGGUGGCAGAGGAGGAGCCGUCCAGCAGUGCAGCCGUGCCCGUGGCCAAGAAGAAGCCCAGCCGUGGCUUCGGGGACUUCAGCUCGUGGUAGCAGCCGGCCACUGCGCUGGAGCCGGUAGGGACUCGGGGCUUGGGUGCGCAGAGUCGACCGUCCGCCCUUCAAUAAAGCUCUGGCUGCUGCCCGAGUCCUUUCCUGGCUCCCUCCGUGGGUGGAUGGCCUGGCCCAGCCCUGUCUCCACAUCUCAGACUUCCAGAGAGGAAGGGCUGUCUCUGACCCCCGCCCCCCCCCCCACCUGUCACCUAAGGGUGGCCGGUCCACUUGGGGGCCCUUCCCUGGGGACCCGGCCUUGUGCUCGCACUGACCAGUGCCCGGCUCGGGGGUCCUCCCCGCUGAGGAGCCACAGGGCCCGUCCUUCCCACGCUGCCUCCCUGCAGCCCUCCCCCUGGACACGCCCCUCGGCUUCUAGAAGCACCACAGAUGCUCAGGACAGCUGCCUCCCAGGACCACAUCCAUUCACACUGGGAGGCCCACAGCCUCCCUGCAGUCCUCGCCCGCUCUCAGCACUGAGCCCCCAGGUCAGCACGGCUGACCCCCCUGCUGGGCUCCAUGCCCACUUCUGUCUGGUCUUUCCUCACCCAAAGCCUCCCCGCAGCGAGUACAGCCGGCUUUCGCUUCCAGAAGGUCCUGUAGCUCCGCCCCGUCUCUGCUGCUGGGCCUGGGCCCACAGCUCCACACGCACGGUGGCCCCUCCCCCGCUUGAGGCCUGCCGGGACUGCUCCAGGGCCUGGGCUCCACAGGGACCGUCCUACCCCAUGCCUGUGGCCAGGCCGCCGUCCCUCAGUCUUCAGGACCCAGCACCAGCGCUGCCUCGCCUGGGAACCGCUGAGCGGCUCCGUCCCUGGGAGCCGGGGUCAUGGGGAGGAGGUAUGUGAGGCGCUUGCCUGAGGCUCCUGGAGUGGGGGCGCUCACCCGCAGCAGCUCUGGAGGCUGCCAGCGCGGGCCCCUCGCUACCUGGCCAGACCGUCGAUACUACUGACCAGGAGGCAGCAAACGUUGGAAGCUUUAUUUUGGAAGCUCACGCAGACAGAGCAUGGAGGGCCAGACAUGGGCAGUCCUGCUUGGGGAGCGUGCCUUUGGGCUGGCCUGGCCUUCUGUCCAUCUGUCCAGCAGCCGGGCCCACCUGCCCUGACGGAAGGCCAGCCACCCCAGGCUGCAGACCCACAGCUCCACAGAGGGGACGGGCCUGCCCAGGGCCUCUGAUGAGGGAUGGUUUACGUCUCUAAGUCAUUUUGGAGCUGAAAUUGUACUUCUCUAGAUGUUAAAAAACAUUCAGAUUGUGUAAGUCCCUGGUGAGGGCAUCAGGUAAAGGACUUUUGAAACAAUUCCCAUUUCUGAUCCCUCCUAAUAGCUGACAGAUGCCAUCAAGAGUAAGUGUUAAGGUAUAAAAAUACUAUAUAUAUAUAUAUAUACUUAAAAAAACAGCCAGAGCUAAACCCCAUUUCUAAAGGAAAUGUGCAGAGAACACUACGUAGUGGACUUAAACGCAUUUAUAAUCCUGGCGUCACCUCCCACUCUUCCCAAGGAAAAAAUAUCUUAAAUAAUUUAAAUAAAAGUCGUGGGGUGAUAGCCAUGUAGGAACUUAAAGGGGAGCAUCCCAGCACUUGACCCGCACGUCUGGCUGUGGCCUCAGGAGCGUUGGUCCUUGAAGCUGCUCACGGUCAGUUCGUUUGGUUUCAAAAGGAGCUCGGGUUUUGCAGAAGACCCACAAGGAAAGUGGCUGAGAGCCUUGGCUGGUAUCAGCUUCGAAGCCAUCCUGCGCUACGGGGAGGAAGGCUGCCGCACCCCCAGAGACAGCCCAGAACACACACUCCACAUGUGAGUGCAGUGGACACGGGAACUGCAGGUGGCUCCUCGGCGUCCAGAAGCAUCUGCUGGAGGAGCGCCCGGCUGCCGGCUCAGGCUGGUUCUCAGGGAUUCGGACUCAGCCCUCAGAGUGGGUGCCCGCUGGACCUUCCCAAGGGGCUCCAAGCACCAGGCCCCGGGGCUCUGCUGGGAGGCGGCCUGCUGGGCACCCUUGUGGACGACGCAGCACCCUGGGGUGGGGGAGCCUAGGGCUCCCCAUGGUCCAGGCUGUGGGUCAGAGGGUGCCCACAGGAAGCUCCCCUGAGCCUGGAGCAGCAGCCGGGGCUCCAGGCUCAGGGGAGAGCCCCCCAGUCUCCAGUUUGUGGCCAUGAGAUGGUGGGGCCGGGAUCCCGGGCGUCUCAGGCUGGGCUCAGUGGCCAGAGGGCCUUUGGCCUCCACUCUGCAGACUGGCCAGAAGCCACACGCAGCCCAGCCCUGCAAAGGCCCAGCGCGUGGGAACUCGAGCAGAACCAGGGCGGGCUAGGGCCCCCGAGCAACGAGUUUACACCUGUCUUGCAACUGGAACUUUCUGUGGAAAACGUGAAAACAGUGGCAGAUCUUAAUUUGGAAGUUUAUCCUGUUCUGGCCUCUUUCAAAUAUAGGAAAAAUAAUUUUUUCUGCAACUACAUCAGAGUAGAAAAGGAAGUCUGCUUUCCUUCGGCCCAGUGUGAUCAGCUUGAACUCUGCGGGCCAGCCACUCAGGGCCUGUGCGUGGGCCCGGGGUCGUGUCUGCUGACCACUCGCUCACUUGCCUUCUAGAUAAGGAAGCUACUGUCUUAAACAAACAGGGUGCUCCAUCAGACACGUUUCUCUAUUUCUAGCUCAUCUAAAGUGUUAUCCAGUGGCGCCCUUUGCUUUUGAACAAGGCUAAAAAGCACCCUGGGUGCAGAGACGCACGGCCGUCAGGGAGGUUCCUGGCAGACCACUGCCCUGGGCGGCCUGCACGCAGAACCACCACGCGGCGGGUCCGAGAAUCAGUGAGAAGUGGUCCCCUCCCUUCACUCCAGACGAGCAGGGCUGGCUCUCCAGAGAGGCCGCCUUGGGGUCCAUGGGGACUCAGUCUGGUUCCAUCAAUAACAGAACACAGCCAAACUCUACCUCAAAAGCAUUGGUUACAAAAUGUAUGGACUAGAUGGACAAGUCAUCAGUCGGUUGUCUUUCUCUGGAUCUUGAGAAAUUAGAAACAGGUCAUUGGAACAUUUCAGAAACAACCAUGUGCAUGAAGAGGACACAGCUUGCGGGGGCUGCCUCACCCAGGGGGCUGGCCGGGGGGGUCACCCGCCCUCGGACACUCCUCAGCUCCUUGAUGACCGUCUCAGUCACAUUCAAGGGGGAACAGGAAGUCCACUUUACUCCCAGCCAUUGUCUUUGAUCAUGUGAGCGAGCUCGAUGAUAAAUUUUCCUUCUUUAUACUUC